AAAAUGGCAGCCUCCUUACAACGCAUUGGGAUAGUUGCUUGCCGCACAUUUCCCGUUAAUUUACAACGACAUCUUCAAGCACAGAGAAUUCGUGAUGUAAGAAUAACGUCCAUUGUCGCUCCGGUGCAUCGUGUCAAUUAUUGUGCAUCAUCUUCAUCUGCUGAUAACACCAAUUCAGCGGAGACGCUAUCUAGAUAUGCAGACACACCAUGGGAGUACUUAAAAAGUGAAGAAUACAUUGAACGCUAUGGAACAAAGCCUGUGUGGACAAACUACAGGAGGAAUCAUAAAGGUGGGAUCCCACCUCAAAAGACAAGAAAAACCUGUAUUAGAGGAGAUAAGAAAUGUGCGAACCCGUGUCCCAUCUGUCGUGAUCCAAAUAUCAUUAUCCAUUACAAGAAUGUGAACUUGUUGCAGCAGUUCUUUUGUCCUGAAACUGGAGUGGUACAUGAUCCCACAGUAACCGGUGUGUGCAUGAAGCAACAGAAACUACUUAGCAAGGCUAUUGAAACUGCUAAAGAUUUUGGUUUACUUCGUGCCCAGUUUGCACAUGUGGAUUUCACUAAAGAAGACUAUUCAAACACUCAUGGUGCUGUAACCACAACUCCUCCUCCAUUUCCCCUCAGCUCUGGAGAACUGUGGUAUUCUUGGUAUGGUAGUAUAAAACCAGACGAGCGAGAACUGGCAAGAGUGAAGCGGAUCUACAAAGACUACCUUAAACCUGAAGUCUGAAUCUUGCUUUAACAGACCUUAGUCAGAUGAGAUGGAGUCCUGAAAUUUGUGUACACAUUUACUGUGGUGAUUGGUCACAUCUCACUUUUAAAAUAGUUGAUGUUUAGUCAGCUGAACAGCAGCAGUCCAUUAAACACAUUACUAUAAUUAGUCAAAAAAUAUUCCAAUUAUCAAUAAAAUACAGCUUUAUCCAGAGUAAAUUCUUUAAGCAAAGCAAAUUUGGAAUUUUCAUCCGCCUUGUUUCUCUGCCAGCACUUAAAACGACCACAAGAAAAUAGACAUUUGCUUUUGACAUGGUUACAUUUGUUCCUACCAAGACAAGCAUAAUAUAUGAAGCAUAAAAUGAAAUAAAACUCUGAAAAUCUUGA